AUGCAAAUGAGAAAUACAAAUAAUAAUAAUAAUGAUGAUUAUGGUUAUGGUUAUGGUUAUGAAGAAGAAAUGAUGAUAAUUGAAAUGUCGAAUUACAUCAAGCUAGCAAUUGGUGUUAAUAGAGAAGGAAGGGCAUUUUUUGCACAAACCGAUUCAGAUUUAAUUGUGCAAAUUAAUGUUCAACACAAUGGUGAUCUACAAACACAACUACUUGAAGAUAAUUUCAUCUCUCCUGGAUGGAAAUUAACACAAUACCAUGAUUUAGGUCCCCAAACUACCAUAAGUAGCUUUCGACAAUCAUUUGAUUUCAAUUAUCUUUAUGAAAUUAGAGCUAUGAGAAAAAUAGUAUACCUGUUAUUUAAUAAAAGUUUGGUAAACAAAUUAUUACAAGAAUGGAGAAAUAUCUCGUGGAAAGAAAAAAUAUUGCUAACAAUAUGCACAAUUGUUGAUGCCACGGGAAUAGUCGCAGAUGAUAUGCAUGCAUUUGUCAAUAAUUUGAAAUCCAAAACAAAGAAAAAUGCAGGAAUAUGCGAUGAUGCUAAUCUUCAAGAAAGCCCAAGACGCCAGGACUUGGUUGGAAUAAGACUCGAGUAUCUCCAAAGAUCAACCACAUCUGUUACUUUUACAUUUCCAUCUCUUAUUUUGGAAAACAGUUGGAAUCUACUAUUCGCAACUAAAAGUGAACCACGACCAGUAUUAGCGGAAGCAAUGCUCACCAUGCUUGCCACCGCUUCAUGGUAA